UCGGCGGAGGCGAUGGCGGCGGCGGCUGGCGGCGGAGGGCGGGGUAGCACCCGCGAGCGGCUUUUGGCUGCGCUGGACGACCUGGAGCUUCUUGCCAGGGAACUGAUUGAAAUGUUGGCAAUUUCAAGAAACCAGAAACUUGCACAACCUGGGGAGGAGAGGCAGAUCCUGGAGUUGUUGAUUCAGAGGGAUAAAGAGUUCCAAGAAUUAAUGAAACUGGCCCUUGAUCAAGGGAAAAUACAUCAUGAGAUGCAACUGUUGGAAAAAGUGGUGGAGAAGAGGGACAGUGAUAUCCAGCAGCUUCAGAAACAACUGAAAGAAGCAGAGCAUAUAUUGGCCACAGCUGUUUAUCAGGCAAAAGAAAAACUGAAAACAAUAGAAAAGGCAAGAAAAGGGGCAGUUUCAUCUGAAGAAAUAAUUAAAUAUGCUCAUAGAAUUAGUGCCAGCAAUGCUGUUUGCGCUCCUCUGACAUGGGUGCCAGGCGACCCUAGGAGGCCAUACCCAACUGAUCUGGAGAUGAGGAGUGGUUUGCUGGGUCAGAUGAACAACCCAUCAGCAAAUGGUGUCAACGGACACUUACCAGGCGAUGCACUUGCAGCAGGCAGAUUGCCAGAUGUACUCGCACCUCAGUAUCCCUGGCAAUCAAGUGACAUGUCAAUGAACAUGCUACCUCCUAAUCACAGCAAUGACUUUAUGCUGGAACCUCCCGGACAUAAUAAGGAGAAUGAAGAUGAUGUGGAAGUCAUGUCAACAGAUUCAUCAACCAGCAGUAGUGACUCAGAUUAAGGACUGCAUCUCAGUCUGUUUGGUGCAUAUUAUAUACAUCAUUAAGCGCCUGCUCUGCAAUCCAGAUAGCCACAGUGCAAGGAAAAAUCUGUCUACAACUUGGACAUUUAUUUCAUUAUAUUUAAUGAAUUGCUGUUCAUUCAGAAUAACCCAGCUAUGGCUGGAAACAGUCCUGGAGAAAGUGAAGCUUGUUUCCAGCAGCUGUAACACAAUUUAUUUCAGUGUGUAGAUAAAACAAAUUCUUGAAGAAGAAAUAGAAAGGACAACU